AUGAGCUCCUCUUUGACUCCUGCAGUGCUUCGUUGCCUCGUCAUUGGCGAGAUUCUUCAGGUCGUCGUUGACGAGCUCGACACGUCCGACUAUACUGGCAAGAUCAAACAGCGCACUCUGGCGUCGCUCGCUCAGACGUGCAAGGCGCUGUACGCGGCAUACAUACCCGGACUCUGGGAAUCUCAAGAUAAUCUUGAACCGCUUUUGCAGUUCCUUCCACCCGAUAUACAAACGGAGACUCUUCUUCCAGGCGCCAAGACCGCCUUCCAACUCACACAACCUGAGGAACUCGACUGGACGAGGUUUAACCACCACGCCCAAUUCGUGCGACACUUGCGCUGGCAGACGCCAUGGCAGCCUAACCGAGGCGACGUCUCGCUUCUCAACAGGCUGGCCGCCCUCUGCAGCCAGCGCCCCGCAGGCACGCCGCUGCUCCCCCAGCUGCGCGAGCUCGAAUGGCGCGAGACCCGCGCGACUUCAAACUUUUCACUCGUCGACCUACUCUUGACGCCGACUAUCACGCAGAUGGGAGUCACCAUAUCAUCCGACGUCGACCCAGCCAUCAUGAAGGCGUCCUUCAAGCGCAUAGGCGAGGUAUGCAAGAGCAUAGAGUCGCUCGAAAUCCGUACGUAUUCACCACUGAGGGAUCAUAUGCGAGAGUUCCAUAUGCGGGAAUUCCGCGUCGUCGUCGGCAACGUCCUCACGCCGCUUCUCCGUGGCCUCCCGGAGCUCCAGCGCUACAAGAGCCAUGAUGCAUGCUUAUCCGCGGACGGCGUCAAGGCGUUGGCGGCGCAUCCCAAGCUCGUGGAGGUAGACCUCUGCGUCCAAUCGCAGGUGGUAGACGUGAUCAACGCUGCCGCGGACCAUCGCUCACCUCAUGGGCGGUGGUUCGAUGCCCUCGAAACUCUGGUACUUAACGUGCACCGGAUGGAGGGGCGCACAAUGGACUUCCUGGGCGCCAUGCAGUGGGGACACCUCCGGGAGGUGCGCCUCAAAUCCAACAUUGUACCCGCCGCCGAUAUGGUCAAGCAGCACCUCGCGCUCCUCGCGCGCGCCGCGUCCCCCGACUCCCUCCGGCGCGUGCAACUCGACUUCCACUCCGGCCCGUACCACGGAAACCCGAAUUUCGGCGCGAGACGUGACCGCGACGUAGUGUUGGACAUCGGGGAAGUGCUGCAGCCGCUCUACGCAUUCCCCCACAUCGACACGAUCAUCAUCCGCUGCCCCGCACUGGUGACCGGCGCGGCGGCGCUCCAGGACAUUGCGCACGCGUGGCCGAAGCUCAAGACCCUGUCGCUCAUCCAGCCGGACCCGCAAUUCCCACCCCGCUUGGUCCUCGAAGACCUCGCUCCGCUCGCACGCAGCUGCCCCGGUUUGGACCUCCUCGAGCUGAACGUAUACGCCAACAGGGUGCCGUGUGGGGCCGCGCUUUUGCAACUGCUGCCCGAGCCGUCGCGGUGCAGGCUGCAAUGGCUGACUGCGCUCGACGCGACGAUCGAGAACCCCGUCGCGGUCGCCAACUUCCUCGCCUAUCUGUUCCCAGCGCUGGACCAGGUCGUGUACCAGAAGCCGAAGUGGGAUUUGGCCCCGUACCAGCCGGUGAAGGAGUACACCCGUAUGUGGGAGAAGGUGGAGAGGAUGCUCAAGGAUAGGUUGGAGGUUCCGGAGCUAUAUGCGUACACCGCUGUGUCUGAGCGUGUGCCCUUGCCAAACACUCCUUCAUCAGCUUUCAGAGACCAUGUUGUGACGGCAUGGCGGCACUGCAUUGCAAUCAAGCAGAUCGGCUUCUCCCGUUCCCCCGACGUCGUCCAUCUCGCCCAAAACUGUGCGCGCCUAGACACGUUGGGGCUGCACCUGCACGCGGACCAGCUCCCGGACGCGGACGCGCUCGCACGGCUGCUGCCUGCACCGUCGCAAUGCGGGCUGCGCCGCCUCACCGCAUUUGCGGGUGUCAAUAUCGAGAACCCGGCCAAGGUCGCGGGCGUCCUCGCGCGUUUGUUCCCUGUGCUGCGCGAGGCGGAGUACGGAAGAAUAGCGUGGGUCCUGGAAGGGGAGAAGCGGCCGUUUGAGGGCAGUUGGGCGAUGGUGCAGCGGCUGCUUGGGUGGAGAUUGGGCGUUACGAACGGGUUUGAGGAAGACGCUUCGUUCAUGAGCUUGUCGGUAUCUUGUCGUGGGCGCCGGUAG